CAGGACACACUACUGUACCGAGGUAUCAUAAAACCUUUUUACUUAUUCUUAAGUAUUCACCUCUUUUCAUUAAUAGUGCACUUAGACACUAUAGGCUCAAAAGCAUUCAUAGUGCUUUUGUACCCUCAGUCACAACAGAAUGGAAUGUAAGCUGAGGAGCUUACUCCGAGUUAUUCAAGCAGAACAGGAUUAGUAAGCCUAAUGGCUUACUCCAAAUCUAAACAGACAAGACGGGUUCGCAAGUUCGAAUACUUGCUCAUAAUCCGCACAAUAAAUCAACAGAAUGUCUUUCCAUAUCUCAUUCACAAUUCAUGCAUUUCCAACUUCAUACCAAAUGCAGAUAAUGAAUAAACACAA